CAAGCCGAAUAGUUAGUUUAGUCGCCUCUAACCGGCCUUAAAGUAAAGUACGGGUCGCCGCCGAUCACCGUGUGCGUGCACGAGACAGAGUUCGAGCCACCGGUUUGUCGUACAGAUCGCGCCGAGAAUGAAAUUCUUUCUUUGCCUGGUAAAAUACAAUAGCGGCAGUAGUAUAUCUUUGUUAAACAGUCUCGAUAAUAAAAGAAAACGGCUAGAAGGUUUAUGGCCGUACGACAGUAGUACCGGCGGCUGUAUCGCCUGAACGGAUAUUUCAUCACGGCAUUUUUCCACGGUUAGUUUUUGCAUUACCGCGGAUGAAAGAAAGUGCGUUCCAGUGACGUGUAUCAAACCGUUCGUUCCACGUUCGAGACCGAUCGAACGCGAUUUAGCCGCAUCUCAAUCAUACAGAAAAUAGGCGGGACGCGCCUUUAUUCCGUAUAUCGGUUCAGUUUCUAGCGCGAGAUUCGAACUCGUGUCAAAGUGUGUUCCACAGUGGAUACUAUUACUCUUUUGGCGUACAACACGAAGUGGCCGACAGGCGAAAUGCCGGUGCCAGUUUGGGACUGCCCUGACCUGGGGCUGUUGGACGAGCCCCUGGACACCGCAACGGUGGUGUCCGACGACAUAUGGAAGAAGUUCGACUUCGACUUCCCGGUGGACCGAGUGGACGCCUACUCGGACUUCUAUCACGAGCGAACGUUCGAUGACGGUGUUCUGCCGGACCUGUUGUACAACAAAAUGACCUGUCUGGCGUCCCGCGAGAUUCGUCAUCACGAUUGCAUGUGGGCGGGUCUGUGCAUUAGCAAAGAACACAAUAGGACGUUACCGGCGAGAAAGGACUCGCAGAUACAGAAGAAAGUGCCGGCAGGACGGAGUCUGUUGAUAUCGCGAGCGAAUAACGCUCAAACGGGGAGUUCCAUGCCAACUGGCCAACAACAAGCCCAGCAACCGUGCCGCGCGAAAAAUCUGGAGAGCGACGGCGACUCCACGAGGCCGGAAACACCACAAACUUCGAGUUCCGACACGGAGGCCGAAGAAGAGGGACCGUUUUUCAGACACGACCAAAUCAACAUACACGAGAGCAUGUCAGAGGUAGUCACGAAGGCUGUGCCCGUUAGCGAGGUCACCGGUCAACUGGUCAGAUUCCAUGACAGGAGAAAAGAAGACGAGAGUCAGUGUCAAGUGCACAGGGAAACCAAUAUCAGAAACACUCUCAGCGACCAUUGCUACCACCUCAAUCAACCGGCCUCGAAAAACCUCGAGCAUCUUGGCGUGCAGACACCCUCUGAUUCUGAGGAGGAAGAGAUCGACGUAGUGACCUUCGAGAAACCGUGCCGACCCGCAGCGUUACCAACGUACCCGAACUUCGUCGAUCAGCAGCAUUUCCAAUUGACAGUGAACACCGCAUUUAAAAAGGCGCCGCGACCACGUGGCCGGCCGCCCUCGAACCCGGCGAGGAAAAGAACCGCUCAACCCGAACCGAAGCCAGCGAAACGUGCUCGUCAAAGAACGUACCAGAGGAGGAACAAUGGCGGACGAUGCAUGCCAGCGUCGUCUCCCCCGAUGAAGAUGAGCUCUUCAGCGUCGAGAAGCUCGUCGGAGGACGAGCUGGACACGGAGAAACGUAGCUUGCACAAUAACAUGGAGCGUCAGAGGCGGAUAGAGCUACGAAACGCGUUCGAGGAGCUGCGCAUUCUCGUACCAGCCAUCGAGUCGAAGGAGAAGGCACCGAAAGUCGCCAUCUUAAGGCAGGCGGCUAUGUACUGUGAUAUGCUAACCGAGCUUGACCAGAGCACCGUGGCCAAGGUGAUGGACCUCAGGAAACGGCAGGAGAAGCUUCGAGCCAGACUUAGUCAACUACGGAGGAGUCUCGCCAUGACGCGUUGAGGAGAGACUCUUCGUACGAAAUUUUACCGACCACGUCGGUACGAUUUUUAUUUCUAACAGUUCCGCUCGAUGUUCGACGAGAUUACAAAAUGGUGCGAGUAUCAGAAACAUGGGAGAACGGGUUACGUGGAGGGACUAAUUGAUACUAGUGUCGACGGAAUUGAAGGACAAUUUAGAGUUUCGUUUUGCCUUGAAGAGAAGGUUAACAGAAGAGGCUGACGAAGAGUUUUCAAGAUUUAUUAUAUACCGUGUAUAUUUGUGAUUCGCCGAGUAGCAACCUAUGAAGAUUAUGCAGUUAAGGUAUCGGUAAAGACGCAGUGUGCCGACAAUAGAUUCAGAGUUUUGUCAGAUAAGUUCGCGAUAAAAUGCACUGUGAGAAGAAAUCAGGUGGAAAGUCAGGUCUAUUUUUAUUAUGAAGUCUUGACAGUGGCAUCUUAUCGUGCUGAUUGAGACCGGUUCUCAAGGGACGAUUUUUUCGAGAAAAUGUAGCGGAAACGACAAACAGUUUGAAGGGAUCAACAGUUAGCUUUUUAAGCCGGUGAGAAAGCUAGGCUUCUCUAGGGGAAAAAUGGUGAAGUUUUAUAUAAAAAAUUUGUAAAUUUAGAAAUUUUUGUGUUACCAAAUUUUUUGGGUUAGAACUUCAAAUAUGGAAUUUUAGAAAUUUUCAAAGUCACAAG